UGACAUUCGAGACCAUAGCAGUGCCUUUUGGUGGUUAAAUUGGAAAAGGUGCACCUCUGGGGAGAGUUGAUAAUUAUUAGACUAAGUACACCACUAAGGAUGACACCUCUCUUACAGUCUCCUGUUCCAUUCAAGAUCUUGAUCUUGGAGCUUCACGAGUCUUUUCUCUUUCUUUUUUUUUAAGAUUUUAUUUAUUUAUUCAUGAGAGACACAGAGAGAGAGGGAGAGAGGCAGAGACACAGGCAGAGGGAGAAGCAGGCUCCAUGCAAGGAGCCUGACAUGGGACUCGAUCCUGGGAUCCUAGAAUCAUGCCCUGGGCCGAAGGCAGACGCUCAACCGCUGAGCCACCCAGGCGUCCCUUCAUGAGUCUUUUAAUUUAUGACUGCAUUGUCCUAGAAAUUUUUCUGGUGCCUACCUAACUCCGUGCUUGGAACCUUGCAAAGGAGAAUGGGCGAGUCUUUUUGGUUCUCUUGUACCUUCCCGGGAAAGGUGCUCCUGUGGCCAGAAGGGAGCAGGAAAGUGAAAAUGCCCCAAGGAGCAGGGGGGGAGGGCAUUCUUGGGCCUCCAGAGCUAGUGUAGGGCUCCCUCUGAGUGGUACUGGGAAUGAGUAACCACAAGCUCUCAGAUGACAUGUCACAUGAUAGGACUGGUUUCCUAUGCUCAUGUGGCCACACUGUGCAAGCUGAGGGCACUCAUCACAAGGAUGUGUGUGUGUGUGUGUGCACUUGUGUUUGGAGUCUAAGGUCCAGGUGAACCAGGGUGAGAGGGGUCCCUGCAAGUUUGCUGAAUCCCUGAGCUGGGACCAGUACAAACUGCAUAGGAAGGAAGGUCACAGCUUGAGGACAUGUGUCCAAGACUAAGAAUCAUUGGGACUCUGAGGUCCCUGUGCCAGCUUGGGGGUCUGGGCCUUGAGCUGGGAGCUCAUAGUAGGGGAGCGCUCUGGGGCGGCCUCACUGCAGGUGCCACCAGGCCUGGAGAAGGACGCUGGCCCUGGCUCCACCCCACUGGCUCCUCACCCUGACCGCAAGGAAACCAGAGGAAUUACUGUGCCCAGAAGGAAGGAAACUGGGCCCUGUGGUCUUGGGGCUGUGAUGGAGGGGGGAAGGGUGCAGGCCUGUGCCGCUUGGGGGAGCAGGAGGGCUCCCGGCACUGGAAAUGCCUGUGGGAUCUGUGACACAGCUGGGAUGGGUAGGACGGGGCAUGGGUCCUGUGGGGCUCGCCCGUCACCGUCCCCAGAGGCUUUGCUCCCUCAGUGCCCUUCACUUUCUGACCAGCUCUAGGAAUAGAAUCUAAAGAUAUUGAACAAGGAAGCAACCGGCACGAAGAAAAGCAGAAGUGGAAGCCUUGGAGACUCGGCCCUCCUCCUCCUCGAAGCCGCCACGAAGCCGCCUGGCUCUGCUGCAGGUGACAUCUGUGCCAGAGAGAUGGUCUGGAACGGCGGGGUUGCAUGGCUGCCUUGGGCUCUGCUGCUUCUCUGGGUCCCAGGCUGUUCGUCUCUGCGUGGCCCCGACUCCGUGUCGGGCACCGUGGGGGGAUCCCUGAGCGUGCGGUGUCAGUACAAGGAGGGAUUCAGAGACCAUGACAAAUACUGGUGCAAAAGCCCAUGUGUGUGGAAGAAGAUCGUGGAGACCACAGAGUCACAGAGAGAAGUGACGAAAGGCCGCGUGUCCAUCAGGGACCAUCCUGCAGACCUCACCUUCACAGUGACCUUGAAGAACCUCACAGAAGGCGAUGCAGGAACAUACAAGUGUGGGAUCGACACACUGUGGGUUGACCCCACCUUCUCCGUUGUGGUGUCUGUGAACCCAGCAACAAUGUCUACCUCAUCUGCCAGCAUCACUGUAACUCAGAUCUCGACAAUCACAGCUGAAAUGAAGACCAAGUUGUACUGGUCCUCCUCAUCCCCUGCCCCGACCACCACGGGAGCCACCCACAGUGCAAGCAGCCAGGAGGAAUUACAGCCAAGUCAGAGUCUGGGGGGGCCUACAAAAUCCCUGCCUGCUCGACACGGCCCUGUGUCCCCCUCUAGGCUCCAAGUACUCCUCUCCUUGUUGGCACUUCUGCUGCUUCUGCUGGGGGGAAGCUCGCUGCUGGCCUGGAGGAUGAUUCGCAGACACAGACGGGUCAAAGCUGGUGAGAAUUCAGAGCCACUCCGGACCCCUGGUCAGGCUACUCAGCAAGGGGAGCUCUGCUAUGCGAAUCUGGAGCUGCCAAUGUGGCCACUUCGGGCAGAGCCUGUGCAACCGAGGCAGGUGGAGGUGGAAUAUAGCACAGUGCAGAAGGCUUCCAGGGAAGAACCCUACUACUCAUCUGUGGUGUUUGACUUCCAGAGUGAGGAUUCUAAGGCCAACAGGAUUCGCUCCCAGAGGACCCUGGAGCAGGAGACACAGUACAGCGUGAUCAAGAACACAUAAGUCUGUGUCACCAGCCCUACCAUCUGGAGGUCUCUGUGGGCCACAGAAGCCCAGGGACAGCCCCCAUAGCCCUCACCCACAUCCCACUCAGCCUGCUCCCCUGGACGGUCAUCAACAAGGCAGCUGGGCGCCAUCAGCCUGGCUGGCUUCCCUGACAAUGAGUGGGAAUGGGAUUCCAGUGGGGUCCCGCAAGGAACCCUCCAUCCCACCAGUUCUUGUCACAUCCUUCCUCUCUUCUCUGCUUCCUUCCAGCUGUAUGUGGAGAGUGGGAGUUCAGUCUCCCAUGUGGCUCUGAGAAAAGACGUGGCUCCCAUAGGAUAGUAUCUCCAAAUACCUUUAUAAAUCACAGCUCCAUGGAAGUGCCUGGGAUCACUGCGGCAUGGGGACAACUGGCGGAGAGCUCGGGAGAAUACAAAGGCCCUGAAGAUGGAGUCUCCCUUGUCUCAUGGACAAGGAUCCUGAAGCACAGAGAGAGCAGAGUCUUGUCCAUGCCUCCAGACCCAGUGGCACAUUUCUCUAGACUCUUAAUCUUACUUUUAAUGUUAAGACAUAUCAAGACAGUUUGAAAUAUCUUGAGAGAAGAAAAAAGUUAUUUAAGCCAUGCUUGCUAUGUGUCUGCAAUCCUGUAUUAAAGAAAACUCCCUUUUGAAGGCUGAAUAGUAUCCCAUUGUGAGGAUAUAUCACCCUAUGCUUAUCCUUUCAUCCAUCGAUAGACACGCGGUUGGUUUUCAUGUUUUAACGAUUGUGAAUAUGUUGCUAUAAACAUGGUAUUUAACUAUCUCUUUGAAACCCUGCUUUCCAUUCUUUUUAGGUAUAUACACAGAAGUAGAGCUGCUGAAUCAUUAGAUAAAUCUAUUUUUAAGCUUU